AGAAACAAGAUGUCCAAAUGGUCUGCCGUCAGUGUGUUGAAGUCCAUACUGUGUGUGGGCUGCACGGAAGUGGAUUAUGUGACCACUGUGGAGAAGGUGGACUUCCAGAGGGAUCGUUCUCGCACCCAGGAUGGCUAUAUGGUGCGGGGUGGACGUUCCUCGAAUGUGAGCACAGUGCUGCGUCUUCUUGGUGCCAGAGCGGAGCUCUUUGGCGUCCUCUCCAGCAAUCCCAUGUACAGCAUAAUCCUGGAUGAUCUCGAGAAAAGGGGCAUCGAUAUAAGCCACUGCACCUUUACGGACGAGAGUCCGCCCUUCUCCAUAAUUGUCCAAGAGCGAUUUACACGGCGCUGCACUACGGUCUACUGUGACAAACCCUUUCCCUAUGUAACAGCCGAGGACUUUAAGAAGCUGGAUCUCAACCAAUAUGGUUGGGUGCACUUUGAGGGACGCAGUCCAGUCGAAACCUGCGAUAUGAUUCGUUUGGUCCUCGAUCACAACAAUGAACUCGAUGAAACGGACAGAAUAGUGGUCUCAUUGCAGAUCUAUAAUGCCUUCGAUACGAUUGUGGAUCUCAUUGGAAUGCCAGAUUAUGUGAUUCUCACCAAAUAUGUUGCAGAGCUGAAGGGUUGGACAUCGCCGCGGGAGUCCUGUGAUGGUCUAAACUCGAUCCUACGGAUGCCGCGGAGCAUCAAUAUCCGACGACCGUGCUUCAUCGUACCCUGGAGUAGCCUGGGAGCCGGUUGCAUGACCCGUGAUGGCAACUACUUUGAGUUGCCCGCCCAUAAGCCCAAGAAGAUUGUCGAUCGGGUGGGGGAUAGUGAUUGCUUUACAGCCGGCUUCAUUUAUGCCAAUUUUGUGCGUGGAAGGCAACUGGCCCAUGCCGUGGACUUUGCCAAUGCCGUGGCCAGCUACAAGUUAGCCCAUGUUGGUUACGAUUGCCUGGGCAGCAUGAAAGUGGACGCAGUGAAGCUGAAUGUUCACAUGGAGCCGGAUCAGGGUCCAGGGUCCUCUGACUCUGAGAAUGAAAAUGAAUCCGACCGCAUUUGCAGGAAGUAUUUGCAUAGACCGUUUCAGUUGAUGGAGGCAGACGAGGCUUCUAUAGUCACCGAUGAUGACCACCUACCUUCUUAGGUUCCCGCUUCUGUGUUUUAAAUUAUUCAAAUGAUUUAAAA